AUGAUACAAGUGUCGUCAUCAAAUAUUCAUUCUCAUAGUAACAGCAACAACAACAACAACAACAACGGUAACAGCAACGGCAACAGCAACGGCACCAACGAUGAUGCAAGUAAUCUACAUUCAAAUGACAAGUCAGCUCAAGAGAAACCGUUAGCAGCUAAAGCUGCGGAAAAUGAUGACAAGCAGGCUACGCUGGAGACAAAGAGCCAGAAGGAGUCUUCAACCUCAUCGUCACAACAGAUUCAACAACCGCAGCAACUUCCCUCGCCAACUUCAUCUCGUCAAAGUCAAAAUAGCAACACCGAGUUGAGCAAAAACUCGGCUUCGGAUGACCAUCAAAUCCCCACGAAUCGUGAUGCCACCGACCAAAGUCAAAACGGCUCACUCAACAGCAAAAAUGACUUGAUGUUUACCAAAAAGGACUUGAGUAAGUCGUCACGCACCCAAUCGUUCCAAUCGGUGUUGUCCAUUGCCUCGUUCAAGUCGUUAAAGCAACAGCUGACUUUUAACAAUUCAUCACACACAGGCAACAACAACAGCCAAAACAACUACAACAAUAACAACGGACAACAACCAACAAUAAAUCGAAAUAAUAGCAUGAUAAACCCACAACAAUUGAUGCGCACAAGCUCGGCGAUAAACAAUGCAAAAAAUUUCCAAUCUUUUAUCCAGGCACCUGCGCUAUCGGGUAUCACCAACCAGAAACUGAGUGAUGAUUUGCAAAUCGGUCAACAACAACCUUUUAAUGACAAGCCAAAUAACGGCAGAAAUAACAAGUCUUGCGAUACAAGCAUGGAUAAUGAUAAUGAUGAUAGUAAUACCAAUAAUGACGACGGGGAAGGAUCCAAUGAUGACGAGACUUUGUCCCAGCAAAAGAACUUGACCUUGAAUGCGUUGAAGAAAUUGAGUUUAUCACCACGUCCCAUUACCAACCCCGAUGAUCUUAAUUUACCCCUGACAAAUGCCAAUAAAUCAAAAACACAACAACCAUACCAGCCUGCCGAAGUGGACUUGUCGUCGUUUGCAAGCCUCACGCGGCAGCCUAAAGUUGCUCCAUCCAAAUUAGAGCCUUUAAAAGUUGAACCUUCACCUACUAAUAGCGUUAAGCAGUCGGAAAGACUAGUUAGUCCGCAAGCAACGAGAAAACUGUCAUUACCUAGAUUGACCGAGGGCCAAGUUGACACUACAACCAAUCUGGAUAUCCACCAAUACCACCAAAAUCUCAAGCUAUCGCAAAUGGAAACCUUUCUGAGACAUAAUCAUCAUCAAAAUGCACCAGAAAGGCUCAACUCUGCAUCUACGCAGAGCCAACAGCGAAAUCUUCUCCCUCAAAACCAGAUUCUGCAGCAAAAUACCCAGCAUAUCGAUCAUCAUAUUAUACAGCAAUCUCAUCGACAUCCAAUGCAGCAGGGAACUUUUUUCACAAACUCAUCUAAUCACAAUCGUGUCCCCGCUGCAGUUAUCCCGCCUCACGACAUGAGCUACAAGAGGAAACCACUGAAUCUGGCUUUGCACACUUUGGGUCACCAGCAACACCAACUGCAUCAAAAUUCUCCAGUUUUGCAUUCUACUCAUUCCAACCACCCAAGCUCUGCAAACCAUAGAACAGCUUGUCAUGUGCAACAGAUUAAGGAAUUGCGUACCCCAAUGUACGUGCCAGCUGUGUUGCGAAUGACACAAAAUGGAAGUUACAACCCCAUGGGACUUCGGUCAGAUUCCAAUUCGCCGGAAAUCAUGUCCACGUCACCAGUGCAUAAACGAUCACGCACGCCCGACUAUGAAGCACACAUCCAGCAGUUUAUGGAAAAUCGAAACACCUCCUCCACAGCGUCGAUCAAAUCAGUCGACUCGACCCUAUCUGUUGACUCGAAUACCUCUACAAAAUGCGGAAGCUUUGGCACUAUCAAUAAAUACUUGAGUAAAGGGAUCCUGCGAAGCACCGAGUACGUGUUGAAAGCACCACCUACUAGAAAACAUUGGCUCAAAGACGAAAGCGUGCAGAAAUGUGGCAUCGAGAGCUGUGGCAAGGAGUUUAAUUUUUUCGAGCGGCGACACCACUGCAGAAAAUGCGGAGGCAUCUUUUGCAAUGAACACACGUCUCAUUCCUUGAGCAUUAACCACAUGGCGCAAUUCACCACGGGCGGCAGAGGCACAUUAUCAAAAGUUUGCGACAAUUGCAUAGAAGAGUACAACGACUUCAUCCAGCAGGAGUUUGGAGUGCAGAUCAGCACGGCAAAGUCCUUGUCUCCCGUCUCGGGAAAGCUUGAAUCGCACCAAGCAACCACCUCCACCACCGAAACAACAAGUUCGGAGGUUCCGUCAUACCUCCACGACCAACACCAACACCAACACCAACACCAACAAGCUCAUGCUCAUGCUCAUUCUAAAGUGUCUGACAUGGGUCAUGCUAAUACGCAGAAACGCACCCAGAUGCCGAAUUUCAAAAAUAGCAUCUUAGCCGGCGCCAACAAUAACGGAGGAAGAAGUGAACAGUUGGUUGGAAGUGUCCCUGCAAACUGGAACUGGAGCUCUUUUUAG